AUUGUACGCUUGCUUCUGGUUUUUGAUAAUGCUUGAUAGCGUAACGAAUUUCGGACCACAUUGGGUCUUUUCCGAGAAUUCUAUUUGAAGUGUAGAAUCUUUGUUGACUUAUGGGGUUUUAUUAGUCGAAUCUUUUAGGGGAUUUUCGGAAGAAAAAUGCCUGAAAAGAUAGGAACUUUGAGUGUGGAUAAAAUGGAGGAAAGUAAGAAGAAAGAAGAUGAGAUUGAGAUAAGAGGGUGUUGGAUUAAGUUCAGAUUCUUGGGGAGAUGCAUUUCCACAAGGUCCAAAGUGGAGAACUCCAUUUGUGGGAAUAGCAUUCCAUAUGUUGAAAGUAAAUCUACAAACAAUAAAAUUUUGGAUCGACCCGUUGUCCUCCCGACUUUAUCUACAACCACUAGCAACACGGAAAGCACUCCAUCAACUCCAAAUGCAACCGAGGAUCUAAAAAUUGCAUCACAACUUAGAAAAUUCAAUUUCAAUGAACUUAAAUCGGCUACAAGGAGUUUUAGACCCGAAAGCCUUCUUGGUGAGGGUGGAUUUGGUUGUGUUUUCAAAGGAUGGAUCAAUGAGAAUGGGACAACACCUGUGAAGCCCGGGACAGGAUUAUCCGUUGCGGUCAAGACUCUCAAUCAUGAUGGACUUCAGGGUCACAAAGAAUGGCUCGCGGAAGUUAAUUUUCUUGGUGAUCUUUUGCAUCCGAAUUUGGUUAAAUUGAUCGGUUAUUGCAUUGAGGAUGAUCAAAGGUUGCUCGUGUACGAGUUUAUGCCUCGUGGAAGCCUUGAAAACCAUCUUUUUAGAAGAUCAUUGCCACUACCUUGGGGGACUAGAAUGAAAAUUGCUCUAGGUGCAGCAAAGGGUCUUGCUUUUCUUCAUGAGGAAGCCGAACGACCCGUUAUUUAUCGAGAUUUUAAGACAUCCAAUAUUUUACUAGAUGCGGACUAUAACGCGAAGCUAUCUGAUUUUGGACUUGCUAAAGAUGGUCCCGAAGGAGAUAAGACACACGUAUCGACUCGUGUGAUGGGAACUUAUGGUUAUGCUGCACCCGAGUAUGUGAUGACAGGUCACCUAACAUCAAAGAGCGACGUAUAUAGUUUCGGAGUAGUUUUACUCGAAAUGAUAACGGGGCGAAGAUCCAUGGACAAAAACCGACCCACCGGAGAACACAACCUUGUAGAAUGGGCAAGACCAUAUCUAGGAGAAAGACGGCGGUUCUACCAAUUAAUGGAUCCACUUCUCGAAGGUCGAUUCUCCGUUAGAGGUGCACAAAAAGCCGCUCAAUUAGCCGCGCUUUGCUUGAAUCGUGACCCGAAAGCUCGACCCUUAAUGAGCGAUGUUUAUGAAGUUUUGAAACCACUCGUGAAUCUUAAGGACAUGGCAUGUUCGUCGCCGUAUUUUCAGGCGGUGCAUAUGGGCGGCAGUCAGGGCGGUGGAAGUGGUGGAGGAGGGUUUAAAGGGCAGGCGAUUCGCGGCCUUUCGAUUCCGGGCUGCCCGUAUGUGUCUCCACAUCGCCGUGGUGGUGAUCAACUUUGUCGGUCUCCGAAACCGAGUUGUGCCACCGGAAAACCACCAAGGACCACCGGAACAUCACCGCUGCCACCACCCAUUUACCCUCUUACCAUCGCCGAUCAACUCACCAACCACAACCCUUUCCUUCCUCCCUCCCUCUGGUCAAACCCUUCGAAACAGGAAGAUGAAAUCAGCGAAGCUGCAAUCUCCACCCACCGCCACCGUCUUUGCCUUCUUGUUUCGCCACUGUUGAUGAAAGUCCGACCACCACUUUAUACCCCCUCCUCUCGACUGAAAAUCACCACCAAACACCACUCCCAUUCGAUUUCUCCACUGAUUUCGACCAGAACCCAACCAAAAACGAGGCCGAAGGAACCUCCGACCACCAUAGCAGGUAACCGCUGCUGUGGGACACCGCCGCCAAUAGCUGCUGUUUCCGCCGACCCUCUCCAACCAGUCUCGUCACCCCUUGCGACCUGUGUAAGACCGAUUCUACACUGUGAGAGGAUUGUUUUCCUAUUCGAUCAAUCAAGAGGAUCAAUUACAGUCGUUUCUUACCUGCAACCGGAAUUUUGUCGAAAAAUGGCGUUGUCAUCUUCCUCAAUCUCUUACCAGUCUCGUGCCUCCCUCCUUAUGGAUUUGUAA